AUGCUUUACUCGCCACCACCGUCGUCCACACGCGCCCCUGCCGCCUGCCGCGACUCGGCCGCCAUGCCCCCUCCUCCCUCUCCUCUCGCUCUCUUCGGCGUCGCCCCCUCCCUCGUUCACCGCACCCCGCUCGCCGCGCAAUCGCCCAAUCUCCUGUACCCGCACCCAGUCGCACCCCCGACACCCACCACGGCCUCGACCCCGGCACCUCGUCGCGUCGCAAAGGCGCCAAACAAGGCGGCCGCGCCGGGCACCGCCUCGAAAGCCUCAUCGGCCGCACCGCCCUCGGCCGCCGGCGACACGGGCGACGACGAGGCCGGCAGCAGCACCAACCCGAGCCACCCGCUCUACCUCGCGCCCGAGUACACGGCCAACCCGGCCGGCCCGGCCUCGAGCGCCGACGUCGACUUCAAGUGCCCCCAGUGCGACAAGGUGUACCGCGGCAAGCACGCCCGCAGCAUCUGGCGCCGCCACCUCCAGGACAAGCACGGCAUCCCGCUCAGCCAGCAGCCUCGCAGGACGCGCUGGGACACCGACGCGAGUCGCCCCAAGUCGGAGGAGGAGAAGCGCGCCCGCACGCUCGACUCGAAGCGCCGGUGGGCCCGCAAGAACCGCGCCGAGAAGGGCGGCGCCGCCGGCGCCGUCAAGGGCGAGGGCUCCGAGGAGCCGCCUGCCGAGUCGCUCACGGGCUCGGUCGGCACGCCGGCGAGCGAGCAGGGGAGCGAGCAGGGGGCGGGCAGCGUUGCCGGCGCCGCCGCCUUUGCCCCGCCUCGAGCAGCGCGCGCACCGCCCCCGCCGCCCGGCGACGACGACGGCGAAGGCGACUCGAGCUUCGACGCCGGGUCGCAGGGCGGCUGGAGCGACGGCGCGUCGGGCUCGGCCGCGCCGCGACCGCCGCACCACGCGCCGACGGCGCCGUACGGCCAUCCGCCGCCAGGCAACCCGUUCUACGGCGCCGGCGGCGCGAGCGUGUACGGCCGCACGCCGACCAAGUACGGGCACCCGGCGUCGGCCUACCCGCCACCGCCCGGCGGCGCCAUGGACCCGUACUACGCGGGCUUCGCGCAGCGCGCUCCGCUCGGCCUCCCGGCGCGCGGCGCGCCCAUGCCGCCCGGCGCCCCGCCCUACCCGCACGACGACCCGCGCCUGCCGCCCCACCUGCGCGACCCGCACGCGUACGCCGCCGCCGUCGCCGCCGCCAACGGCGAUGAGGGCCUGCACCCGCACGCGAGCAUGUACCCUUACCCUCCCCCGCCCAACUCGUACCCGUACCCGUACCCGCCACCGUACCCGCACGCGCACCCUCACGCGCACCAGGUCGCGCAGGAGCAGGCGCACGGCGGCGGCUCGUACCCGCACGGCGGCCCGAUCGCGUACGACGAGUACGGCCACCCGCACAACCCGGCGCUCCUCUCGGCGCACCCACCACCUCGUCGCCCGUCGUCCAACGGCUCGUACGGCAGCAGCAACGGCAACCCGUACGACAACCCGACGAUCGUCGUCGGCGGCGGCGGUGCCGCUGCAGGCCCGUCCGGCGAGCGCUCGCCGGUCGUCACCGCCGGUCAGCCUGCGCCUGUCGCGCUCCCGUACUACGCGCGCCGUCACGUGAGCCCGGCGAGGGCCAUGACGGGCCACUCGGGCAUCGCCGCCGGCGUGCCCAUGCCCGCCAUCUCGGCGUCGCGCGAGCCGCCGUCGCGCAGCACUGCCGCCGCCGCCGCUGGGCUCGAGAGCCCCGUCAAGCUGCGCAGGACUGGCCCGACGGGCAAGGGCAAGGAGCCCGGCCUCGGCGCCGGUCCCGGGCGCGACGACGCGGCGGGCCUCCUCCUCGCGCUCAAGGCGGGCCCGAGCAGCCCCAUGACGGCGCGCGACUCGCACCACGUCGUCCAGAGCCCGGUGUCGAGCGUGCGCGACCAGGCCGCCGGCGACCGCGACGGCCGGCGCGGCGGUGGCGGGCUCUCGCUCGGGCGCGGCGCGCGCGCCGGCCCGUCGAGGGGCGGGCGGCCCAUCGUCAAGGCCGAGACGAGCGAGCCCGGCACGGACGAGGACGACUCGGACGACGACGACGAGGCCGAGGUGCGCGCCAUGAUGCUGCGCUCGCGCGCUGCGGCCGCUGCCGCGUCGUCGUCGGCCGCCGGUGCGGGCGCCGCCAUGUCGCCGUGGCGCGCCGCGCUCCAGAACCAGCACGUCUCGUCGCCUGCGGCGGCUGUCGCCGUCUCGCCGCGCAAGCGCGGCCGGAGCGAGUCGCCCGCAGCGCCCAACCUCGCGAGCACGAGCAGCGGCGAGGGAGGGUCCACGGCGGCGGCGCACGCGCUCCUCGCGACAGCCAAGAAGGCGCACCAGUACGCGUCGGUCGUGCAGCACGGCGGCGCCGCGCCGAGAACGUCGUCGUGGACCAACAGCCACGAGAUGAGCCUCGUCGCGACGCCGACGCCGGGCAACCUCAUGCGCAUCGCCAUGGAGAGCUCGCCCGUCGUGCGCUUCGGCAACGGCGCCGCGGCGGGAGGAGGUGCGGCAGGCGAGCAGGACGAGGGCGAGAGCGAGGCCGACAUGAUGGGCGCCGCGGCAGGAGCCGACGACGACGACGAGGCCGACGUCGACGUCGACCACGCCUUUACGAGCUCGAGCGGCGGCGGGCGCAGGCCUCGACACGGUCGCAGCGUCUCGCCGAGCAGCCAGAAGGGCCGGCGGGCCCGCGCCGUCGUCGGCGCGUCGUCGUCGUCGAGCGGUGGCGGCGCUGGAGCCGGAGGAGGGCCCGGCGCGAGCAGCUCGUCCCAGUCGCGGGUCCUGCACCACCAUCACCCGGUCGGCCUCACGUCCGAGCUCGGCGACUUUGACCUACAGCCCUCGUCGUCGUCGGCCAUGCGGCACCACCACCACCACGACCCUCUGCGCGAGGAGGACUCGGCCAUGGCCGCGCCCGGCGGCAGCAGUAGCGGCGCCCACCCCAACUCGUCGUCGUCGUCGUCGUCGCACCUCGUCACACCCGCACCGGCCCUGUCGCGCUCGACAACCUCGACCGCCGCCGCCGCCGCCGCCGCCGCAUCAGCCGCGCUUCAGCCUCAGCAGCCUGUCGCCGCGACGCACCCGCACGACCCGUUCCUCGCCGCCCCGGGCACGUCGGCCUCGCUCCCCCUCACCAUGGCGGGCUCGAGCGCGCCGCAGCACGGCCGCAUCACGUCGUCGAACGCCAUGAACGGCGAGACGCCCAUGGCCCGCACGUCGUCGCCGCCCGGCGGCUUCUCCAGCUUCCUCUUCUCGUCGCCCGCGCACCCGCAGUUCUCCAAGACGCUCGGCCUGACGGCGGCACCCGGGCCCGGCGUCCUGUUCACCAACGAGGGCGGCGAGACGCCCGCUCGCGGCGUCGCAGGAGCAGGAGGUGCGCCUCGCGGCCGCGAGCCGUCGCAGGACGAGCUCCUCGCGCUCGCGACGGCGCACAGCCACCGCGAGCGCAUGCUCGACGCCGUCAAGACGCCCGUCAUGGCGCGCGUCGCGCUCGAGGGCGCACGUCGCGCGGCGGCGUCGGCGCAGGGCGGCGGGCUCGGUGCAGGCUCGGGCUCGGGCUCGGGCUCGAGGGAGAGCACGACGGAGGGUGACGAGGGCGAGGGUGAGAGCGCGACGACGGGCACGGCGCGCGACGAGAGCCAGAGCCCGGGCAAGGCGACGACGUUCGACGGGGAGGAAGAGGACGACGAGGACGAGGACGGCGCGAGCCUCGACGAGUGACCGACGGCGCACCCACACCUCGUCGCAUGUACCACCCGCUUGACCCCCCUUCCCUCCUUCGCUCUUUCUCACGCAGGCUGUCGGCCCUCUUCCUUCUUGACUUUGUGCAGAACUUCCCCUCUCCUUGUCCUCACGCGCAUCCUUUACCGCUCUCUCGAAUCUCGUGUUGUGUAUUGCCAGCAGUCCUAUCC